CUAUGAAAUUAUCGUAAACAUCCUGGUUUCAGUUGCUUCUGAUAGUCUUCCAUGUCAAUAUUUCAUAACUCAAAUCACAAUAUAUUAACGAAUAUAAAUGCACAUAUCAAAUGCAUAAUUACAUAUUUAUAUUAGCAACGAGAUACCAUUUUGUUAUUAAAUUCCCUUGAAGGACUCGAGUCGAAUUUUGAAGAAAGAAAACCGACGCUAUGAUAAGGAUAACAAAUAUCGUCAUAUUUUCACUUCUCGUGUUCUGUUUUGGAAUAUACGCAGCCGUUAAUAUUGACACUAAAAUGACGGAAGGCAAGACUUCCCAUGAAAUAACUAUUUGGCAGAAAAUGAUGGACAAACGGCGAGUGUAUCAAAUGCUCAAAAAGAAGGUAAUAGAAGAUAACGGUUGGCAAAACGAACAAUCGAUCACUGAUGGUAAAAAAAUUAGUGGAUUGCAAAAUAACUACUUCGAGUGUAUAUGGAAUAAUCCUGUGUUAACAUGUAAUAUAACUGUACCUCGCCUUCAGACAUUUUCCGUUAUACUGCGAAUGUCCGAGUAUGUAGUCCGCAUCAUCAUUUCAGCAGAUGGUGAAGUAAUUAAAAGUCAAAUAUUGCAUAUUCAUAGCAUGUCUGUUAAAACGCUGAAAUUCAUCUUGGGAUCCGCAAGUGUUUUGUUUACCAUAUGCAUAGACGAUUACACUGAGAAUUAUCUUAAAGCAUGUUUUCACAUUGUUUACAGCGUAUUCUUCUACCGAAAAUCAUUGUAUGUUGGUUGUUUCCAUAAACACUUUCUUUCAUCUCAAAAUAUCUCAUUGGACAGUGUCAAGGAUUCGUUGCAAUUUUCCGACAUUGACAAGUUCCGCAGCCUUGAAAAUAACGUUGGGAGAAAUAAAAAGCAAAAUAUCUACCUUUGUUUUUUCAUGGAGGAUUAGAAGUAAAUAUGAUUUGAACUUAGUGACAACAAACUAUAUAUGGCCAUUAAUAUAUCUGAAUGAAAACAAAGCUAAUGUAUACAUUGAUAUUACAAUGAACGCAUAACCCAUUCGACUAUGAUCCAUGGUGUUUGUCCAAUGAUUUAACUUACUAUACGGAUAUGUCAUGAUCUAUGGAAAAACUCUACUCUGUAUUCCCUUGUCAAGAAUUGAAACAUCUCUCACUCUGACAAUUAUUGUUUUAUUCUACUUAUUUUCAACAUCUCAAAGCCAAAAAGACAGUUGUUAACCGAGAGAAACUUCAAAACUUAUGAUCCAUCUUUUUCUCCCACUUCGCCCUCGCCCAUCGUUCUUUCUUUUCCUCCUUAAUUGCCUCCAGCAACUCAUUUGUACAACAUUAUCCGUCGCGCAUUACACGAACCUUUAUUUCUGUAAUUUAUGAGAACAUAAACAAGCGUUGAACAAU